AUGCCAGCGCAAGUCAUAAGUGGAAAGGAGGUUUCGGCACAGGUGAGGGAGCGCUUGAAGAAGGAUGUGGAGCAGAUGAAAGUUCAGGACUCCAACUUCCAACCUGGUCUCGUGAUUUUACAGGUUGGAGAUCGUGAUGAUUCCAAUCUUUAUAUUGGCAUGAAGCUGAAAGCUGCAUCUGAGAUUGGAAUAAAUGCCACACACUUGAAACUUCCCAACACUGCAACUGAGGAAGAGAUUCUUCACAGUAUCACAGAGGUGAAUGAGAACUCUUCUGUCCACGGCCUCAUUGUCCAGUUGCCCUUAGACUCGGUCCACAAAAUCGACACGGAGAAGGUGACUAAUGCUGUUGCACCAGAGAAGGAUGUUGACGGGCUCACGAGCAUAAAUGCUGGGAAGCUGUCUCGUGGAGACUUGACUGAUUGCUUCAUCCCAUGCACUCCAAAUGGCUGCAUGGAACUGAUCAGACAGACCGGUGUGACAGUGGCAGGGAAACGUGCAGUGGUGAUUGGUCGUAGUAAGAUUGUAGGCGCACCAAUGCACGACCUUCUGCUGUGGAACCACGCCACCGUCACCACAUGUCAUUCCAAAACUGUGGAAUUGGCUGAAGAGGUUGGCAAAGCAGACAUCCUCGUAGUUGGUAUUGGGAAAGCAGAGAUGGUGAAAGGAGAAUGGAUCAAGAAAGGAGCAGUAGUUAUAGACUGCGGCAUUAAUCUAAUUUUAGACGAGAGUAAACCCAGUGGAAAACGGGUUGUGGGCGACGUACACUACAACUCUGCCAAGGAGCAAGCGAGCUUCAUCACGCCAGUACCUGGGGGUGUGGGACCAAUGACAGUGGCCAUGCUGAUGGCGAACACAGUGCUGAGUGCAAAGCGUUUUUUGGAGAGCCAUCAACCCGGGAGGUGGAGUAUUUGUUAUACCAAACUCAAACUUCAGAAGCCUGUGCCAAGCGACAUUGUGAUUUCUCGCUCCUGUGUGCCAAAGCCCAUUGACCAUCUAGCAAAAGAAGUGGGUUUGCUCUCAGAUGAGGUGGACCUUUAUGGUAAAACCAAGGCCAAGGUCCAACUGAGCAUCAUCAAGCGGCUGCAGGCACAACCAGAUGGAAAAUAUGUAGUCGUAACUGGUAUUACUCCGACUCCAUUGGGAGAGGGAAAGAGCACCACGACCAUCGGCCUUGUCCAGGCAAUUGGAGCCCACAUGAAACUGAAUGUUUUUGCUAAUGUCCGUCAGCCUUCGCAGGGACCCACAUUUGGCAUUAAAGGUGGUGCUGCUGGAGGGGGAUAUUCUCAAGUCAUUCCAAUGGAAGAGUUUAACCUCCAUCUCACUGGAGACAUCCAUGCGAUCACAGCAUCUAACAACUUGGUUGCUGCUGCCAUUGAUGCUCGCAUGUUUCACGAGGCCACACAGAGUGACAAGGCUCUGUACAAUCGCUUGGUGCCACUCAGUGGAGGACAGAGGAUGUUUUCCCCAGUCCAGAUCAACAGACUGAAAAAACUAGGCAUCGACAAAACGGAUCCCGCCACGCUGACUGAAGAUGAGAUUGCACGCUUUGCCCGUUUGGACAUUGACCCAAGCUCUGUUACAUGGCAGAGAGUGUUGGAUACCAAUGAUAGAUUCCUCCGAAAGAUCACAAUUGGACAGUCGCUGACUGAAAAGGGCUACACAAGAGAAGCCCAGUUUGACAUCACAGUUGCCAGUGAAAUCAUGGCAGUUCUUGCACUGACUAGCAGCCUGGAAGACAUGCGCGAACGCCUCGCCAAAAUGGUGGUGGCCACCAGCCGUGGUGGACAACCCAUCACAACUGAAGACCUGGGUGUGUGUGGAGCGCUAACUGUGCUCAUGAAAGAUGCCAUUAAGCCGAAUCUUAUGCAGACUUUGGAGGGAACCCCUGUGUUUGUCCACGCUGGCCCUUUUGCCAACAUCGCCCACGGCAACUCCUCCAUCUUGGCUGAUAAAAUUGCUUUGAAACUAGUGGGACCAGAGGGCUUUGUUGUAACAGAGGCUGGAUUUGGCGCUGACAUUGGGAUGGAGAAGUUCUUCAACAUCAAGUGCCGAUACUCAGGCCUGAGACCCCAUGUGGUUGUUUUAGUGGCCACUGUACGAGCCCUCAAGAUGCACGGUGGAGGCCCAACGGUUACUGCUGGGAUGCCGCUACCAAAGGAAUAUAUUGAAGAGAACCUCGAGCUGCUGGAGAAAGGCUGCAGUAACAUGAGGAAGCAAAUCGAGAAUGCCAAACACUUUGGUGUUCCUGUGGUGGUAGCUGUCAAUGCUUUUAAGACUGACACAGAUGCUGAGCUGGACCUGGUCUGCACCGUUGCCAAAGGUGCAGGCGCCUUCGACGCCGUGCGUUGUACUCACUGGGCAGAGGGUGGAGCGGGUGCGCUUGCUCUGGGCCAGGCUGUCCAGAAGGCAUCAGAGGCUCCGAGUAGCUUCAAGUUCCUGUACGACUUAGAGCUUCCUAUUACUGAAAAGAUUCGAACAAUCGCCCAGAAGAUCUAUGGUGCAGAUGAUAUUAAACUUCUCCCUGAGGCUCAGCACAAAGUGGAGCUUUACACUAAACAGGGUUUUGGCAACCUCCCAAUCUGCAUGGCGAAGACUCACCUGUCGUUGUCCCACGAGGCAGACAAAAAGGGUGUGCCCACAGGCUUCAUUGUACCAAUCCGAGAUAUUCGAGCGAGUGUUGGCGCAGGAUUCCUCUUCCCGCUUGUUGGCACGAUGCCCACAAUCCCCGGCCUGCCCACCAGGCCUUGUUUCUACGACAUUGACUUGGAUCCAGAGACUGAACAGGUCAACGGGCUCUUCUGA